AUGACAUCCGUGGAUCCUAUCACUGCUCCUACUACAGUCACUACUCCAUCUGCUUGGAAACACCUUCACACGGCUUAUGCCAACAAGAGCCACACUCACACUUUUAGCUUGCGAGACCAAUUGCAAAAUAUUAAGAAGGCCUCUAAAUCCGUUACAGAAUACUUACAAGAGUCUCUCUCUCUCUCUCUCUCUCUCUGGUGCACUCAAAGUUGUUGGUUCCCAAUCACCGAUGACGAACUUAUCAUCAAGAUUCUAAGUGGCUUAGGCCCUGAGUACCGUGAAAUCUUUGCUAUUAUCAGAGCACGAGACUCAGCUUUGAGUUUUGAGGAGUUAUUUCAUAAGCUCACAGAUCAUGAGCUUUUCCUCAAGCACCAAGACCUUGAGAACUCAUCUUCCAUCAUCACAGUUGUGGUAGCCCAUAAGAUCAACCUACCAUCCCAGGCUAACAUGAACCAUAUCGUCACUUCAACAACUAGACAUGAAAUUAAUUCCCAUCUCAACAAUCAGGUUACAACAAUCCGCAAAAGCGGAGACAAUUAA